UAAAUAGCCAAAGAUGAGUCGUGGAUUUUCAGAAAACAAUAACUUCCCAUAUGACAACAAUCAAAUGGUUUUGGAUAUGAUCCUGUGUUCCCUAAUUGGUGUUCCUCAGCCUAUCAACUGGGACAGCGUGGCAAGGCUAGUUCCAGGAUAUACAUCCAAAGAGUGUGCAAAAAGGUUUGAUGAACUAAAAAGCAGUGGAAGUUCACCUGUUGACAACCAGUAUAAUCCCCUGAUGGCUGCUGGUGGGAGUCCUGUGGAAACUUUAGCUACGUACAUCAAAUCUUCCUUGCUCGAUACGCAGACAGAGUUUCAGGAGCCUGCUAUUGGGCAGGAUUCCAUUACUAUAACUGGAAGGCCCAGCACAACCUCCACAAGAAAUUGUUCUUCGGAAUCUGAGAAAGGGCCUGUGCAUAAAGGUGGAGAAAGCACUGAUGAGAGCCAGGGGCCAAAUAUGGUGAUCCAUGUGUGUGAUGAAGCAAAAAACCUCAAAGAAGAUUUUGUGUGUCCUCGAGACCUUUUGAUUUCAGAAAUGAAAUACUUUGCUGAAUAUCUGUCAGUGGAUGCCCAGCGCUGGGAAGAGGUGGACAUUUCAGUGCACUGUGACGUUCACAUCUUUGACUGGUUGAUAAGAUACGUUAAAAGGAACACUAAAGAUUCUGAAGCUAAUGAAAUGCCCACUUUAGAACCAUCAAAUGUGAUAUCAAUUCUUAUUUCUUCUGAGUUUUUGAAGAUGGAUUCAUUAGUAGAAAAAUGUAUUCAUUAUUGUCACAAAAAUAUGAAUGCUAUUGUAGCCACGCCGUGUAACAUGAAUUGUAUCAAUGCUAAUCUUGUUACGCACAUUGCUGAUCUCUUCACGCACAAUGAAGUGGAAGAGCUGAAGGACAAAAGAGAUAAAUUUAAAAGUAAACUUUUCUGCAAGAAGAUUGAGAGACUGUUUGAUCCGGAGUAUCUAAAUCCAGAUUCUCGAGGAAAUGCAGCAACAUUAUACAGAUGUUGUUUAUGUAAAAAGCUGCUAACUAAAGAAACUGAAAGAAGAAUUCCUUGCGUACCAGGAAAAAUCAACAUAGAUCAACAUGGGAAUAUUGUCUAUAUUCAUAUAAGAGACAAAACCUGGGAAGUCCAUGAGUACUUAAUUGGCCUUCAUGAGGAACUGAAAUCUUGGCGGGAUGUUUAUUGGCGUCUUUGGGGGACUGUCAAUUGGUUGACCUGCUCAAGAUGUAACCAAUCUUUCCUGUGUACAGAUUUCUCCCAUUGCCAGUACCAUUCGCAGCCAGUUCUUUAUCCAGGUGUAGCAAGUGCUCUGGGCUCAACUGGGACAGGAGUAUAUCCCUGUUGUAAUCAAAAAGUACUUCGAUUUGAUCCUACAACACUCCCAAAGGGCUGCAAAGUGAGGGAUCAUGAGAUUGAAUUACCUUCAGGAAAUGAAGAUGGGGAUGCUUUGCCAUCUCAAACUACUAAAAUAUUGAAUGAUCUGCUUCAUCAUAGAGAUGUCAUUGUUGUUCCUUUCACUAAGGAUGAGAAUAGUGAUUCUGGUAUUGGGCUCUGUGAUGAAAAAGGCAUUGAAUGUGAUGUGCUUGUAGAACCAAAUACGCCGUGGGGUCCCAAAACUGGAGAAAUCAAUGCUUUUCUUUCUCUGAAGAACUGGACUCUACAGCUGAAACAGCAGUCAUUGUUAUCUGAAGAGGAGGAUUAUACCACUGGCUCAGAGGUCACUGAGGAUGAAGUGGGGGAUGAAGAAGAAGUAUGCAGGAAACCAGGUAGAAAGGAGAAAUUAAAGAAAUCCUACAAGCACCCAAAGAAAAUUGUUUCUUCACCUAGUGUUCAUAAAAAGGAGAAGCCAUCUGAUAAGUCAAGUUCCCGAGAUGCAUCUCCAUUCAUUGUGAGUAUGCAGCAGAACAAAUGGGAUGCCUCCAGGUCACUAAGAUUCAACCAAGAUGCUCAAAGAGAAGAUGAUCAAAGAAGAAUGUCUGAGAUUACAGGGCACUUAAUAAAAAUGAGACUGGGAGACCUUGAUCGAGUCAAGUCAAAAGACAGCAAAGAAUAUGCAGGAGGCAUUUAUUCUAGACUCGAAGCUCAGAUAAAGGCCUCAGCACAGGUCAGUGCACGACAAAACAGUGCCGAGAAGAAUGCCAGGUCAAAAUCCCGUUUCGGUCAAGGCCGUCCAACAUAA